GCUGUCCGAACGGGAGCUGCCCGGCCCGCGCUGCUGCUCGUGGCGGGGCGAGGAAAGGCAGCAGAAUGGCCAGUGUGCUGUCCCGGCGCCUUGGGAAGCGGUCCCUCCUGGGAGCCCGCGUGUUGGGGCCCCCCGGGGCUGCCCCACCCUCAGAGCCUCAGACCGAGCUGCUGGAAGGGGCGGCUCCCCAGCCCUUCCUGGCCUCCAAGGACACUUCCUGCCAGGAGCAGCCCAAGGAAAUCCUCAAGGCUCCCAGCACCUCAGGCCUCCAGCAAGUGGCCUUUCAGCCUGGGCAGAAGGUUUAUGUGUGGUAUGGCGGUCAAGAGUGCACAGGACUGGUGGAGCAGCAUAGUUGGGCAGAGGAUAAGGUGACGGUCUGGCUUUCGGAUCAGAAGCUACAAAUCUGCUGUAAGGCGGAGGAGGUGUGGUUGGCCGAGGCCCAGGGCUCUGUGCCCCAGGCACCUCCUCUGGAGCCGGGAACCCCAGUACCAGCCUAUAGGCCUGUCUCCAGAAACAUUGAUGUCCCAAAGAGGAAGUCGGACGCGGUGGAAAUGGAUGAGAUGAUGGCGGCCAUGGUGCUGACGUCCCUGUCCUGCAGCCCCGUCGUGCAGAGCCCUCCUGGGGCCGAGGCCAACUUCUCAGCUGCGCGAGCUGCCGGUGACCCGUGGAAGGAGAGCGGCGACGUGUCGGACAGCGGCAGCAGCACCACCAGUGGGCACUGGAGCGCUGGCAGUGGCAUUUCUACUCCCUCGCCUCCCCACCCCCAGGCCAGCCCCAAGUAUUUGGGGGAUGCCUUUGGUUCUCCCCAGACUGAUAAUGGGUUUGAGACCGACCCGGAUGCUUUCCUGUUGGAUGAACCGGCUCCACGCAAAAGAAAGAACUCCGUGAAGGUGAUGUACAAGUGCCUCUGGCCAAACUGUGGCAAAGUUCUGCGCUCGAUCGUGGGCAUCAAACGACAUGUCAAGGCCCUCCACCUGGGAGAUACCGUGGACUCAGACCAGUUCAAGCGGGAGGAGGAUUUCUACUACACAGAGGUGCAGAUGAAGGAGGAAGCUGCUGCUGCUGGUGCCACCACAGCCGACCCAGCUCCCACCCCUGGCAUGACCAGCCCACCCCUCGCACUCCUUCCACCACCUCCUGCAAAAACCCAGUCCUCAGGCCCAGAACACCCUGGCCUGGAGUCUUACCUGCCCUCUGGUGCUCUCAGCAAGUCAGCUCCUGGCUCCUUCUGGCACAUUCAGGCUGACCAUGCGUACCAGGCCCUGCCGUCCUUCCAGAUCCCUGUGUCACCACACAUCUACACCAGUAUUAGCUGGGCUGCCGCCCCCUCCACGGCCUCCUCCCUCUCUCCGGUCCGGAGCCGGUCGCUAAGCUUCAGUGAGCCCCAGCAGCCACCACCGGCAGUGAAAUCUCACCUGAUUGUUACUUCUCCACCCCGGGCCCCGAGCAGUGCCAGGAAAGCCCGCGGGGAGGCUAAGAAGUGCCGGAAAGUGUAUGGCAUCGAGCACCGGGACCAGUGGUGCACGGCCUGCCGCUGGAAGAAGGCCUGCCAGCGCUUCCUGGACUGAACCUGUCCCACCGGCCUGUCCUCUUCGCACCCUGCCCCAAAUGGCAGCCAGAUGACAAAAGACAGCUGCGUCACAAGCCCUGGGCAGAAACCUAAAAGAUGAAGAGUGGACAUGGGGAGUUUGGGCUCUGUUGGCUAAGGUUCAGUUGUUAAAACAUUUCCCACCCCCUCACCCUUUUUGGGAACAUUUUAGUUUUUAAAAGAAGAAAGGAAAAUAACCCCCACGCCAAAAUAGGAAGAGAGCCAAAACUGACCAAGGGUAUUCUGCAGUGAACCAGAGACCAAAGAAUUAAUUACCCUCUCUUUCCACGUCUCUCUUUAGGGGAUUAGUUUGCAUGUCUCAAAAGACAGAACAGCUCAUUCCAUUUCCUGCUGAGUUGGUAAAGUCUUUGCUUUCUCAACUCUUCCUGAAGGGACUGUGAGCAAGAUGGAUUUACUUUUCUUAAAAAAAAUUUCUGGCUGAUGAGUCCAAGAGCAGGACCUGUCAUGGGUAGGGUGGGGGGAGUGGGGGUGGGGGGUGGAAUCUGUGCACUUUUUAAGGUGCAGCCGGCCCCUCUUCUCCCCCCAAAUCUGGGAGAAGGGAGAGCCUGUUCUCACCGAGUGGCUUCCAUGGAAGUAAAAGGAAAACCCUUUCUUGAUGACAACGAUUUGAACCUGGGGUCCCUCAACUGUUGGGUUGUUUCCCAACAGAUACUGUAUGGCUUCUUCUCAAAGCCCAGACUAGUAGGUUUUUAAAGACUGUCCCCAGAUAGCUGAGCCAAAAGGCUGUAUGAAUUCACUUUUCGAAAAUGUGGCAGUUAAACACUAACUACCUUGACCAUUUCCCCCUCUUUCCUUGAGGAAAAGCUGGAGGGUUUCAGGAUCUGUGAAUGCCCUCUGCUGUUACCUGAGUAAAUGAACUCCCUCUUGACGUUCCUGCCUCCAGUUAUGGACAUGACACCUCUGAAACACUUUGUGUUCUUUUCCCCGUGCAUUCAGAGCCUUUUAUCUGAUUAAAGUUUCCUUCCGCUGGGGGAAGAGGCCCCCUUUGGCAUGCCCUGCACAGGUUCCUCUGUCUGGUUUUCCCAGGGAUUGUCCUGUUUCCUCCCAAGGCUGCGGUUAGGGGUGGUGUGGGGGGAGGGAAGAGACAAGAAGAGGUAGAAAGGUAGGUGGCGGCUUGUCCCAGAGAUGGAGAGGGAGUUGGCAGGUUCCAGAUCAUUCUUCGAGGAGAAUCCAGUUUCCCUCGUGAGGUGACAAGUAGGAAGGACAACUCUCCCAUCAGUGUCCGCAGCUUCUGGAUUUUUAUCUGUGUCCUUCUAAUCCCUCUGUUGAUGGGAAGCCCGGUUUGAUCCCGAGUAACCUUCUCAGGUUAUCUGCUGAGCACCGUUUCUUGCCUGCAGGGGGGAGAGGGAAGGAGCCCUGAGGAACUCUGGUGAGAUGGGGUCAGAUUAGCAGCUUCUGGGCUUUAGCACUUGUGGUUUCUGGAGCCCUCAGGGACUGAGAGGAGUCUGCAUUGGGAUUUGCGAAGUAAAUUAGCAAAGCUAUUCUGGUUGAUGUGAAGGGAGAUGUAGGUGGGGAGUUCAGUGCCCUCCCACCUGUGCUUAAUUGAGAUCAGACAUGCUUAGCCCUCAGGGGGAGGGUAUGUUCUGUUUGGGAGCUCCACUUUCUUUGAAGAUUUGUUUGGGAGUUCUGGGGCCUGCAAGAGCUGGCCACCUGGUGCCACCUGCCCCGGGGCAUCAGCGCUGCUCCUGCAUCCCAGAGGUCAGGGGCUCAGGAAUCCCACCAAGGCCCCUGUCCUGUGGAUGGGCAGCAGCGUCCAUCCCCUGGGUGUCACUGAGGCUGUCGUCUUCUCCCAGGUGCAACUCCCUGGCUUUCGAGGCUCCUUUGGCCACUUCGUGUGGGAAUUGUGCGGGCACUUGACAAUCUGUGACACCCUGAGUGUUAGCAAACUUGCCAACCUUAGAGGCAGGAUGGUGUGAUGAGUGAGUGGCCCGGCUUUGGUGAUGGAGGGAAAGACACCCAUGGGGUGUCUUUGGUGGUGAUGGGGUAUGUUUUUAUAAUUUAGUUAAAAAAAAAAAAAAAAAAGUAUGUGGAAUCUGUCUCUAAAGCCCGAGACCAGGCCAGCAAGAGGCAGCCCAGGGUUCUCCUUCCUGUCCCUUCCACCUCCCUGAGAAUUAAAAGCUGACGGCAGGUUGUUGCUUGUCCUGACCCCUCGCUUCCAUUCCCUCCCCUCAGUGUCCAUCUUCAGAUCUUACCAGUGAGGGGAGGGAGCGUUUGAUACUCGAGGACUCUGCCGAGCAGUCUUCCCCUCCCUCCUUCAUCACAGCUCUUGCUCAGUCUCAUCUUUAGAAAAGCUGUUUUCCUUUCCCCCCUCAGUUUGGACUGUGGAGCUAUAACUGGAUGUAAAGAUUUCCUCUAAGUAAGGCAGGCUUCUCCUGACGUGGGUGCCCGAGGCAGCAAAGGAAGAGAGAAAGAAAAAAAAAUGGAUGAAACAGUUUAAAAACUGAGGGUUUUUUUGUUUGUUUGAUUUUUGUGUUUUAAUGUUUUAUUUUGGUAUAGCUUUUCCUAUUCCUGUCUCCUCUCUCCUUUUCGGUGGUGGUGGCUGCCUCCAGCCUCUGUCCUCCCACUCCUCCAUCUUGUGGCUAUGGUGUUGGUCCUUGACAUGGGGUCUGUCCUUGGGGUUGCCCCAGUUGUUUCUUCCCGGAGGUUGGGGGUGGCUUGUGAACCGAUCAGCGACUGUGCCUGUUUUCUUCAUCUCUGUGUUUCUCCCUACUUCCCAGCCCACCUGGGGGCCGCAGACUCUGACAGGAGGGAAGGUUCCACAGAUACGCAGUUGGAACUAACAGGACUGAUUUCCAAAGAAGUGAUUUGGGGAAACCAUUUAUUCCAGGGAUGUUACCCUCUUCCGAGUAUUUCUUGGAAUUACCUUUGGAGUCUGCUUUGGACAGCCUUAAUGAUACGGACGCUGCACUGUACUCACUCAGUGCUGAGUCCCGUGAACGAUGUCUGUGGUCCAGUGAAGAUCACAGGGGCAAAGCUCAUGGCCUGACUGGUGAGGAAAAUAGCUUGGAUUUAAUUACGUGGCUUUUAAGCUGGCAGUGAAAGCAGUUUUGUAAUUUCAGAGUGCGUUCUUGUGCUAUAUCCACAUUGUGGUAGUAGGCCUGUAGUGUGACGCCUUGGAGGACAUUAUUAAUUUGGAUUUGGAAAACUUUCAUUUGUUUGAAGAAAUCUGUCCUGUUACCUUCGGGUCCUCCCAGGUUCUGACCUUACCAGGGGCCAAAAGAAAAAAAAAAAAGAAGAGGGAGAUAAAUCCCGUCUGUGAAUUUGUCUUAUUGGCGCCUUUUCCCCCAGCUGUCUUCCAAGUAUUAUUUUUACUGUUAAAAAAAAUUUUUUAAAAAAUGUGAAAUGUAAUGUUUUUACAGCAACAAUAUGAAAUAUAUUUUAUAAGGAAUAAAAUGGUACAUUGUCUGA